AUGCAGAGCUCCAGGCGUACUGGUUCGGACAGAACUGCAGCUCUCAGCAAUCUCACCGUGUUCACGGGUCCACUCACGGCUCCAGUGCGAGGGCUCGAGCUGCGGCUCUCAGCACACUCUAGCACCUUGCUCAGACCCCUGGAGGCCCCAGCCGUGCACCUAUAUAGGAGUGGUGAACGCUUCUGCAUCUCAUAUGCAAUUCCUCGGAUCUUUGGCCAUCAGGAGGUGCUUGACGAGCCCGGCCCGCGCUUCUUGACAGACUGGUCCUUGGUAUGUGUUUUCCGCCGUCGCAUUCGUUUCGCAACGCUCCGCGCUUCGUGCGGUGUGGUGCGCCAUCGUCUCCUGCUUUCUGUCCCGGCUGCCUUGCAGCUGCCUGCGAAUCCCGAUCAUGUACAUCAAACACUUGGCUUCGUUUUAGAAAUCAUGCAACGGUGCAGGUUUUCCCGGACAGCCGUGCAAACGCCCGAGCCGCAGCUCUCAGCACGCUCUGUGUUUCUUCAGCAGGUAAAUGCCCCAGCUGUGCCCCUAGCGGCUGCUCAUGCAGCUCAUCAUGCGCCACAGCUGCAGCUCUCAGCAUGCAGGAGCUCCGCAGAAGCAACAGAUGCUCCUCAGCGCCUCUUCUCUUUGAGUACGAGGAAUGAUGUGAUUCAAGCGAAGUAG